ACGCGACCCACGAGAGGCCCACGAGGAAGUGAUAGCUGCUCCUCGUCCCCGGCUCCGGCUGCUCCCCAUCGCCGCCGCCGGCAUCAUGUCCCGCGGUGGCGUCUUCCUCGGCGUCGACGUCGGCACCGGCAGCGCUCGUGCAGGAAUCUUCGAUGACAAGGCAAUCGUCAACGGAUAUCUGGCACGCAGUGUGUGCUGCUGUAAAAUCUGCGUGCUCGUUGUUGCUGUGGGUGCUGAUGGUUCCCCUGUCUCGGUUUCUUGGAAUGGUGAUUCAAGAAGGGACAUCAUCGUGUGGAUGGACCAUAGGGCUCUCGACCAGACUGAACGAAUUAAUUCUCACAGUUCACCGGUAUUGCAAUUUUAUGGUGGGAGUGUCUCCCCUGAAAUGCAAGCUCCAAAGCUUUUAUGGGUAAAGGAAAAUCUGCAAAAAACUUGGUCUAUGGUAUAUAGGUGGAUGGACCUCGGCAACUGGUUAACAUAUAGGGCAACUGGUGAUGAAACCCGCAGCUUAUCACACAUGGAACAGUGGAGGGAAUCAAAUCCACGUGGUAUGGAUGAAGUCUUUUGGGCAGAAAUAGGUUUGGGAGACCUUUAUGAAGGGAGCCAGGCAAAAAUAGGACACUCCGUUGUGUUUCCUGGUCAUCCUCUAGGUUCUGGUUUGACACCUACUUCUGCAAAGGAGUUAGGCUUGCUUACUGGGACUCCUGUUGGAACUUCGCUUAUUGAUGCUUAUGCCGGGGGUCUUGGAGUCAUGGAAAGUAUGCCAGAUGCAGAAUUGAAAGCUGACAUGUUUGAUGAAGAAGCAAUAUGCCAUCGCAUGGUCUUGGUUUGCGGAACAUCUACAUGCCACAUGGUUGUUUCAAAGAAUAAGCUAUUUAUCCCUGGUGUCUGGGGACCGUUUUUGUCUGCGAUGAUACCUGAGUUUUGGCUCACGGAAUGUGGCCAAAGUGCAACUGGUGCUUUACUUGAUUACAUUGUUCAAAACCAUGCUGCGGCUCCCCUUCUGGCUAAUCAAGCUGCUUCUCAAAGUAUGUCCAUUUAUGAGUUGAUGAACAAGAUAUUGCUUUCGAUGGCACAUGAACAGAAUAUGCCUUUUCUUUCUGCCUUGAGUCAGGACACCAAUGUCCUUCCAGAUUUUCAUGGAAAUCGGUCCCCUGUGGCUGAUCCAAAAUCUAAAGGGGUGAUUUGUGGCUUGACACUUGAUACAAGUGAAAAACAUUUGGCGCUUCUGUACCUAGCAACAAUUCAAGGCAUUGCUUAUGGUACUCGUCAUAUUGUGGAGCAUUGUAAUGCUCACGGGCACAAGAUCGACACCCUUCUUGCGUGUGGCGGACUUGCAAAGAACUCCUUGUAUAUCCAAGAACAUGCAGAUAUCACGGGUUGUCCAAUAAUACUGCCUAGAGAAAACGAGAAUGUGCUUCUGGGUGCUGCUAUUCUGGGUGGUGUUGCUGCAAAGAAGUUUGCUGGUGUUCGUGACGCAAUGAAAGCACUGAAUGCAGCGGGGAAGGUUGUGCGCCCGUCUUCGGAUCCUAGGGUGAAGAAAUACCAUGACGCCAAGUAUAAGAUAUUUAGGUCCCUGUAUGAGCAACAGCUCUCCCAUCGCUCAACCAUGGCGCAGGCAUUGCACUAGAAGGGAUAUGUGACCAAUGAGGUGACCAAUGAGCUGGAGGCUGCAUCCUUGGUACUCUUUUUUUGCAUCCUUGGUAUUCAAAACCAUGUAUUUGUGGAAAGACAUCUUAGCCCCUUUGUGGGUUUUGGUGGUAGCGACGAAUUAUUAGUGGACCAACAUAUUAGCCCCUUUGUGGGUUUUGGAAGGUUGUCUAGCUUAUAAAUAAACAAAAAUGACCACGUCAUUACCACCAAGUAUGGAACAUUCCACUCCUGUCUUGAUAUAUAUAUUCAUAUAAAGCAACAUGAUUCCUGCUGUA